AUGGCCCAGCAGCAGAUGAGCAGCUCGCAGAAGGCGCUGAUGCUGGAGCUGAAGUCGCUGCAGGAGGAGCCAGUGGAGGGCUUCCGCAUCACCCUGGUCGACGAGUCUGAUCUCUAUAACUGGGAGGUGGCAAUCUUCGGGCCCCCCAACACUCUCUAUGAGGGUGGUUACUUCAAGGCUCACAUUAAAUUUCCUAUUGACUAUCCAUAUUCACCACCUACCUUCAGAUUCCUGACUAAAAUGUGGCACCCCAACAUUUAUGAGAAUGGAGAUGUAUGUAUUUCAAUUCUUCACCCACCUGUAGAUGAUCCACAAAGUGGAGAGUUGCCAUCUGAGAGGUGGAACCCUACUCAAAAUGUCAGGACUAUCUUACUGAGUGUAAUCUCUUUGCUUAAUGAGCCGAACACAUUCUCUCCUGCCAAUGUGGAUGCAUCAGUCAUGUUCAGGAAAUGGAGGGACAGUAAAGGAAAAGACAAGCAGUAUGCUGAAAUCAUAAGGAAACAGGUUUUGGCUACAAAAGCUGAGGCAGAGAAGGAUGAUGUGAAGGUCCCCACUACCCUGGCAGAGUACUGCAUCAAAACUAAAGUGCCUUCCAAUGACAACAGUUCAGAUUUACUUUAUGACGACUUGUAUGAUGAUGACAUUGAUGAUGAAGAUGAGGAGGAGGAGGAUGCCGACUGUUGCGAUGACGAUGAUUCUGGCAAUGAAGAAUCGUGA